ACUGGAAGGACAGUUAUUUCUCCUGAUCCAAAUUUGAAAAUUACCGAGGUUGGUAUUCCAAUUUUAAUGGCUCGGAUUUUGACUUAUCCUGAACGAGUUGCACAACAUAAUAUUGAGAAAUUGCGGCAGUGUAUUCGCAAUGGCCCCAAAAAAUACCCUGGUGCUAAGUUUUUAACGAUACCUGAUGGUUAUGAGAUAUCAUUGAUGUAUUCUGCUCGGAAGCAUCAUGCAGAUCAGUUGAAGUAUGGGUGCAUUGUGCAUCGUCAUCUUGAAGAUGGAGAUGUGGUUCUAGUUAAUAGACAACCGAGUUUGCAACGAAUGUCAAUCAUGUCCCAUCUGGCAAGGAUAAUGCCUGGGCGCACACUGAGAUUCAAUCAGUCAUUGUGCAAUCCGUACAAUGCAGACUUUGAUGGCGAUCAGAUGAACAUACAUGUACCACAAACAGAAGAGGCCCGUGCUGAGGCUCUUAUGCUAACAGGGGUGCUGAACAAUUUGUGCACCCCGAAAAAUGGAGAAAUCUUGGUUGGAUCGACACAGGAUUUUCUAACUUCUUCCUUUCUUAUAACACGAAAAGACACAUUUUAUGACCGCUCGGACUUUUCACUCAUGUGUUCAUAUAUCGGUGAUGCCAUGGAGCCAAUUGAUUUUCCAACCCCAGCAUUAUGUAAGCCGGUGGAGCUAUGGACUGGCAAACAAUUAUUCAGUGUGCUAUUGCGUCCCCAUGCAAACAUGAGAGUAUAUUUAAAUCUUACUGUAGCAGAAAAGUCUUAUGGGAAGUCUAGAGAAACUAUGUGUUCCAAGGAUGGUUUUGUGUAUAUUCGCAAUAGUGAGCUUAUCAGCGGGCAGCUUGGAAAGGCCACAUUAGGUAAUGGGAAUAAGGACGGUAUUUACUCGGUUCUUCUCAGGGAUUAUGGUCCACAUGCGGCUGCUACCUGCAUGAAUCGCUUGGCAAAGUUAAGUGCACGAUGGAUAGGAAAUCAUGGAUUUUCAAUUGGGAUCAAUGAUGUUCAACCUGAGGCUACAUUGAACAAGGAGAAGAUGGAGACUGUGGAUAAUGAGUAUGGCUACUUCACCGAUGCUAAAGGCAUUGUUCAGAAUUCCUUCUACACUGGUUUAUCUGUGACUGAUUUUUUUUCCCACGCCAUGUGUGGUAGAGAAGGUUUUGUCGAUACAAUGGUCAAAACAGCCGAUACAGGUUAUGUGUCUCGUAGAUUGAUGAGGGCUUUGGAGGACCUAUCUAUCUGUCAUGAUAAUACAGUGAGAAAUGCUAGUGCUUGCAUUGUGCAAUUUGCUUACGGUGUUGAUUCCAUGGAUCCUGCACAGAUGGAAGAUAAAAGUGGUUUCCCGCUGAACUUUGAAAGAUUAUUUUUGAAAGCCAAGGCUACCUGCCCCGCAAAAGAGCAGAAGAGUUUAACUAUUGAUGAAAUUGAGAAAAUAGUUGAAAACAUUAUUGAGAGAAGACUAGUAAAAUCAUCCAUGACUCCUGAAGAUGAAUGUUUGGCGGGUUUUGCAGAGUCAAUAAGAAAUUUUAUUAAGCAGAAGGGGCCUAGCUCAAUAUGCAAGAAACUUAAAUUGAGUGAAGGAAGACAUUCUGAAGAAGAUAGAUGUUAUCUGGAAAAUGUUGCAUAUAAUAUAUCUGGGAUAACUCAGCGACAAUUAAUGGAUUUCCUAGAAACUUGUAUAUCUUGUUACAAUUCCAAGAAAAUUGAAGCUGGAACUCCAAUAGGAGCCAUUGGAGCUCAGAGUAUCGGAGUCGCAAGCAUGAAAUGGGUUCCUAGGAUGAAAGAAAUUGUUGAUGGUUCUGAAAAAAUCAAGAAACCCAUUAUUACUACACAUCUGGAGGAUAACAACAAUGACAUAACAGCUAAAAUGGUGAAAGCGCGUAUUGAGAUAACCCUUCUGAAGCAGGUAGUACAGAUCAUAACGGCUUCAAAAUCAUUGAAGUCAGCAUCCAUUGUUGUAACACUUGACAUGGAUAAAAUAAAAGAGGCUCACCUACAUAUUGACGCGCACUCAGUAAAGAAGUCAAUUCUACAAUCCGUUCCAAAGUUAAAACUGAAAGAGCAGCAAAUUAGAGUAUUGGACGAACGAAAACUUGAAGUCACUCUGGCGGCUGAUAAAAGUAAACUUCUAUUUGAACUCCACGAGCUUAUGAGUAAGCUCGCCAAAGUUGUAGUCAAGGGAAUCAGGUCCAUUUACUGCUCUACAAUACAUGAUGAAUCAGAAGAAAAAGAUCCUGAUGUGUGCAAAAAGUUGACAUUACUAGUAGAGGGGAAUGGUCUUUUGUCUGUCAUGGGGACUGAAGGUGUUAAUUUUCAAACGACAGUGAGUAAUAACAUCAUGGAAGUACAACAGGUACUUGGAAUUGAAGCUGCAAGGAAGAAAAUAAUUGAUGAGAUAAACUACAACAUGUCAAGCCAUGGCAUGACCAUAGACACACGACACGUGAUGCUGCUGGCUGACUUAAUGUCAUUCCAGGGUGUAGUGUUGGGUAUGAACAGAUUUGGCAUGGAGAGAAUGAGGGACAGUGUUUUGAUGCACGCUUCAUUUGAAAAGACUGCGGAUCACCUCUUCAACGCUUCUGUGAAUGGGAGAGUCGAUAAGAUUGAAGGAGUCUCUGAAUGCAUCAUCAUGGGCAUACCCAUGCAAGUUGGUACGGGAAUGCUUAAAGUGAUGCAAAGUGUGCCGUCUGUUGAGUUGACGUACGCUCCAGAUCCAAUCAUAUGAUGACAUCAAUGCCAAGACAAUAUACAGUAGUGAAGAUGAGAUCGGAUUCGGACUCACAGCUCAAGGAGAAACCGGCAUUAGGGAUCACAUUUCAUUUAUGUCAAAAAAUGUGAUCUUGGUUUGUGGGCAUAAUCGGAAACAUAAAUACACAUACUACGAAGAUUGCUCUUUUAAGCUGAUUCUCUUUAUUCAGCUUUAUUUCUAACCAAUGCAACAGUUAGUUGUAUAUUUUUGGUUGACUUUCAGUUUAUUUCAAAAUUUCUCAUUUCCUUAA